AUGACAAACCUCCAGUUUUGGGGUCUUCUUUUCACUUCUUCCUUUCAGAUACGUCAUGACGGAUCAAACAGUUACCGUUUGAUGCAGCUUGGAUGCCUGGAGUCUGUGGCCAACUCGACCGUCGCCUAUUCCUCCUCAUCUCCUCUCACUUACUCUACCACGGGCACCGAGUUUGCUUCCCCGUACUUCUCCACUAACCACCAGUACACCCCACUGCACCACCAGUCCUUCCACUACGAGUUCCAACACAGCCACCCGGCAGUCAACCCCGACGCUUACUCCUUGAACUCUCUCCAUCACUCCCAGCAAUACUACCAGCAGAUCCACCAUGGGGAACCCACUGAUUUUAUCAACCUGCACAAUGCGCGGGCGCUCAAGUCCUCUUGCUUGGACGAGCAGAGGAGAGAGCUGGGGUGCUUAGAUGCUUACCGCCGCCACGACCUGUCUCUUAUGAGCCAUGGAUCCCAAUAUGGGAUGCAUCCAGAUCAAAGACUCCUGCCAGGACCAAGCCUCGGGCUUGCAGCCUCGGGAGCAGACGAUUUGCAGAGCUCAGUGGAGGCCCAGUGUGGACUUGUACUGAACGGCCAAGGAGGAGUAAUAAGAAGAGGUGGCACCUGCGUAGUCAACCCCACUGACCUCUUCUGCUCUGUUCCUGGUCGCUUAUCUCUACUAAGCUCCACUUCGAAGUACAAAGUGACCAUUGCAGAAGUGAAGAGGCGUCUUUCACCACCAGAAUGCCUCAAUGCUUCCCUCCUAGGUGGUAUUUUGAGAAGAGCUAAAUCCAAGAAUGGAGGACGCUGCUUGAGAGAAAAAUUAGACAGACUCGGACUGAAUCUGCCUGCAGGAAGAAGAAAAGCAGCAAAUGUCACACUCUUGACUUCCUUGGUAGAAGGGGAAGCAUUACAUUUGGCCAGAGAUUUCGGCUACACCUGUGAAACAGAGUUCCCUGCCAAGGCAGUAGGGGAGCACAUUGCCAGACAGCACAUGGAACAGAAAGAGCAGACAGCAAGGAAAAAGAUGAUCCUAGCAACAAAACAAAUAUGUAAAGAAUUCCAAGACCUUCUAAGUCAAGACAGAUCACCCCUCGGAUCCUCCAGACCAACUCCAAUAUUAGACCUCGACAUCCAGAGACAUUUAACACACUUCAGUUUGAUCACUCACGGUUUUGGAACUCCUGCAAUAUGUGCUGCCCUAAGCACUUUCCAAACUGUUCUCAGUGAAAUGCUGAACUACUUGGAAAAGCACACAUCGCACAAAAACGGCGGCGCGGCGGAAUCCGGCCAAGGACACGCCAACUCGGAGAAAGCCCCCCUGCGGAAAACUUCAGAGGCUGCUGUGAAAGAGGGCAAAACAGAAAAGACAGACUAGCUACAUCAAACAGAAUCUAUUUCAAGAGAGUCUUGCUGCUGAUAUUUUUCUUUUCUUUUCUUUUCUUUUUUAUAUAUAUAUAUAUAUAUAUAUAUCAUUGAGGGCAAUUUCUCUCCAGCGGACCAAAUCUGGGGGAAAAAGAAAGAAAGAAAAGAAAGAAGGAAAGAGAGAAGGAAGAAAGGAAAAAAAAAAAAAGAGAGGGAAAAAAAAGGGGGAAAAAAAAAAGAGAGAGAAAGGAAAAGUUUAAAAAAAUCAAAAAAGAAAAUAAUUUUUAAAAAAAGAAACUAAAAAAGAGAGAGAUUAAAAGAGAGAGAGAGAAAGAGAGAGCGCGAGGAAGUGUCCAAGCCUAAGAACAGCAAUGUACAGUAAUUGUAGGAUGAAAUUGUCACUUUUUCCAAGUUUCUGUUGCUCUCAAGGACUUUUUCGUGCACGUGGUGUUUGGUUGUUCUGAGUGAUACACUGACACUGGGGUUUAUAAGCACUGCUGGGCUUGGCUGAGGUGGCACGUGGAAUCCGAAGCACUUUUCCUUUCCGGCAGCAGAGUUAGGGCCAGCGCAGCAGCUGUGGGACACGAGGUUCCAGCAGCCUGACUUUGCUUUCAUGCUGGAGACAUGGAAAGAAGAGCUUCCUCUGAUCCAUUGGGAACGCCUGGUCUGCUCACCAUGGGAAAAACAGUAUGGAAACCUGGCAAAAGAGCAAUUCUAAGGUCAUGGGACAACUGAACUGUUCGGUGUUGGGGGCUGCUCAUCCCCGUGGGGGAAUGUACAAUAAAGCUGCACUGGAAUGAGGCCAGAACCCACUGGGAAUCUGUCCUGACCAUCCAAGCAGCAGCCAUGGUGUCUCCUAUGAAAAGAGCAUGGCAGGCUAAAGUGAAAAAACAAAAAGCCCAACCCUUUAUAGUUUCAAUAAGAGCCCUGAUCCCUCUGUGAACUUCAGAUUAAAUGACACCUUGGGCUCCUGUCCUUAAUCUUCUUGGCCCCUAGUCCCACAACACUGCAGUUUGCCAUCCUCGGGUCUCUGUUCAACAGGAUCAAUGCAGGCAGUUGGAGUCAUCUUUUGUGUUGCCUUGAUUUGAUGAUGCUUUGUUUUCUUUGACAGCUUUUGUUUCUGCAGCUUUAUUGUCUUUAGCAAUCCAGCUGAGGUGCAGAGGUCUAACAGAGUCUACUCGCUUGCUGAAAAGAAAAUGCAAUAAAACCAAAAGGCAAAUAAGACAGAUUGGUUUAAUCCACAACAACUAAAUGGUAAUAACCUUGCUAAAAUACUUCUGAAACAUUACUUUGUCCACCUACUACACAUCUUCACACAGAAAACAUUAGAGGCAUAGCUUGAUCUCAAGCCUCUUUGAGUAAAGGGGCUUUUCCCAGCCACAUGCUAACUCCUUCAACAAGGCUUUUAUUCCUUUUCUUUUCUUGUUGUCCUGAGGUCACUUUGUUAAGAAAGUUAUGAGGAGCUGGUAUGACAGGAUGAAGUUAUGUUGGCCAUCUAAACUCCUUUUAAAGUCAUCUAAACUCCUUCUAAGAUUAGACUUUUUCUUCCAAGGGACAGUUCAUCUCUUUUUUAAUGGUAGGAAAUAAUGUAUCUGCCCAUGUGUCUUUAGCACCAUUUGAGAUGUUUUAUGGUAUCUAAGACAGCAACAGAAAUUACAUGAUACCACAGAAUUGAUGAAGGAAGUUGAGCAUCUUCCUUAUGAGGAGAGUCUGAGGGACAUGGGGCUUGGAGCUUGGAGAGGAGGAGACUAAGGGGUGACCUCAUUCAUGUUUAUAAACAUGUAAGGGGGAAGUGCCAGGAGGCUGGAGCCAGCCUCUUCUUGGUGAUGCCCAGUGACAGAACAAGGGGCAGUGGGUGGAAGCUGAGGCAUAGGAGGUUCCAUGUGAACCUGAGGAAGAAUUUUUGCCCUGUGAGGGUGACAGAGCCCUGGAACAGGCUGCCCAGGGGGGUUGUGGAGUCUCCCCCUCUGGAGAUAUUCAAGAACCAUCUGGAUGCAUUCCAGUGUGAUCUGCUCUGGGUGAUCCUGCUCUGGCAGGGAGGCUGGACCAGAUGAUCUUUCGAGGUCCCUUCCAGCCCCUGAGUGCUAUGAUUCAUUCUAUGAAACCUGUGGAACUGGACUUCACCUGGUGGAUCCCAGAAGACAGCACUAGGUGCUUACGGGUGGCCACUUGACUUGUACAUCAAGUGUCUAGGACAGGUAGUAGAAAUGAACAUCUGGAGGUGCCUGUCACUGUCCAUAGACAGCAGCUGGAAUGUGACAGUGGCACUAUGCAUUGUACACAAUUACAACUGGAUUAAUCCUCCUCUCCUUAUAAUCACUGGAGACAAAAAGACAUUUAUAGUCUGCUCUUAGCUCACCUCAGAGUAACCCUGAGUCAUGCCCUGAAAGUGUCUGCUUUCCCCAGCUAGGUAUGUGAGGAUAAAAGCACUCAUGCCUGUAUGUCCAUGUAGGAGCUAUCUAGAUGUAGCCAGCAUGCAUCACAUCGUGGAUGACCAGCUUCAGACUAAACCUAGGGACUCUGGCAAAUACCCAAGAGAAAUUCCAGUUGUUAUGUAGGAAGUCAGACUGACCAACCUUGCUUCCCAAAUACGUGGAAAUGCACACUUAUGGCAUUGGAGUGUUUCUUUUGAGGACAUUAGCCUCAUAAAACACACUAGGAACUAAAGAGUCUAUUUGCUUGCAGAAAUCUGCCCCAAAAGAUGAAAUGCUGUGACUUUGCCCAGAUUUGCCCUUGCUCACAGCAGAUGUAGAACUGAAGAUCCCUACAGCUAGGCAUCCUCUAUGCAUCGAGGGAAAUAGGUGCUUCUUCACGGGACUCCACUUCCUUAACACUUUAAGAUCAGCUAAGUGCCUA